AUGGGUAUGAGUGAGCAGUGGGUUGUUGCAUGGAUUAAGCAAAAGGGGGAUAGCAAGUGCAUUCCUUGGAAGAGUUUGAAAGAUUUCAUUCUAACACACCCAGAUGUGAGGAAGAGGUUAGACGUAUUUGCUUUGAGUAUAUAUGGCUUAGUUGUCUUCCCCAAAGCUUUCGGACAUGUUGAUAAAGUAGUCACCGAUUUAUUUGACCGGCUUGAUAAAAGGGUUACACCAAUUCUGACAAUUUUGGCAGAAACCUUCAGGGAUGAUGGUUAUAGAAAAAAGAUUCAAGAGAUAUCCAGUGCAUGGAAACACACCCGCCGGUCAAUAGAGGAAUAUUUGCGGGUCAUCCCUUCUAAAUCCCUGUAUAUCAAUGACGUGAAUGACGCUGCUACAAACUCAAAGUUUCCUCUUGAACGAAACAUGUGUUUAAAGAGAUUGCAGGACUUUGAAGGUGACGUAGAUGGUGGUUUAUCUUUGGACUUGUUGAGAAUGGUAGAACAUAGAGACUUGAUGUGUGUGGUGAAUGCGGAAAGGGAUCCCCAAGAAAAUCAUUCUUGGAGGUUAAACUUUGAUGGAGCUUCGAAUGCGUUAGGCAAUAAGAUUGGGGCAAUCCUGGUAUCUCCAAAUGGAUAUUAUCAUCCUUUCACCAGUAAAUUGGACUUCGAUUACACUAAUAACAUGGCCGAGUAUGAAGCUUGCAUCAUGGGUAUCCGAGCAGCCAUAGAACGGAAAAUUAAGACACUAGAAGUAUAUGGAGACUCAGUAUUGCUGUAUGCUCCCUUGGAAUCUAAAUUCUAUAAAUUGGUGAAUCAAUUUCCACCACUUAACAAUCGCAGAUUCUUAUUAUCUACUCUCUUUGGCAAAAUACAAAUAUUAAUAUUAGGAAUGGCUGAUUGCCGGGAGAAGAUGGGGUUGAAGAAAGGGCCAUGGACUCCAGAUGAAGACCAGAAGCUCUUAGCUUAUAUUGAAGAACAUGGGUUGGGGAAUUGGCGUACCUUUCCUGAAAAAGCUGGGCUUCAAAGAUGUGGAAAGAGCUGCAGACUGAGAUGGAUCAAUUACCUCAGACCUGAUCUCAAGAGGGGAAAAUUCAGUUUACAAGAAGAACAAACCAUCAUCCAACUCCAUGCUUUUCUUGGAAACAGGUGGUCAACCAUUGCAGCUCACUUACCGAACCGAACCGACAACGAGAUUAAAAACUACUGGAACACACAUGUUAAGAAACGGUUUACCAAGAUGGGGAUCGAUCCCACCACACACAAGCCCAAAUCGAACCAUGUCGUCAGCCCCACCGGUCGAACCACACUGAACCACAUGGCUCAAUGGGAGAGUGCUAGGCUCGAAGCAGAAGCCAGGCUGGUCAAAGACUCAAAAAAUCUACCCUCAUCUUCUUCAAGACCUUCCCCAUAUCAGAAAAGUUGUAACAAAGGCUCAAAAUCCCAGUGCCUUGACGUUGUUAAAGCAUGGCAAAGCGUAGUGGCUGGCAUGUUCGCCACCUCUACUAACAACUCGAACCGCAUCAUAUUCGGACCAGACCAGAGCUCCGGAAAUUACGAGCUUGAUUCAAUUAUACCUAUUGGAGGUAAUGUUGAAGACGAGUUAAUGGUAGGCAACGAUAGAUCAAAGUGCCAGGUACCAGAAUUGAAUGAAAGGUUUGAUAAUUACAUGUCUUUGCAUGAUACGACGCAUCUUUGGGCUGCUCCUAUAGCUGAAAACGACGUUGUAGAAGGCUUUCCAGAUUUCUUGGUGCAUGAUUUUGAUUACCAAAUUGACAACGAGGAGUCUAUAACCGUUUAAAAAAUUCAUUUUGGUAUUUUUUUUAUAUUUUGGUAUUUGAAUUUGGUAAUUAAUUUUAUUUCCUCUAAAUUUGGAUUUCGUCAAGAUUUGAUGAUAUGGUACUCUUGACAUCUUUGAACUUUUAUAUUUUUUAAGUUUAAA